AUGGCGAUGAAUAUACCAAAAUCCGGAUAUAAUCGCUUUAUGAAAGAAGGCGCUCAGCAUUUCAAGGGUACUGAUGAAGCUGUUGUAAGAAACAUCGAUGCUUGUGUUGAAUUGGCCGCUCAACUCCGAUCCGCUUACGGACCAAAUGGAAUGAAUAAGAUGGUCAUCAAUCACAUUGAAAAACUUUUCGUUACCAACGAUGCUGCCACCAUUCUCAAGGAGUUAGAUAUCCAACAUCCAGCUGCCAAAAUUAUUAUUAUGGCCAGUGAAAUGCAAGAGAAGCAGGUUGGAGAUAACACCAAUACUGUUGUUAUUUUGGCUGCUGCUCUUUUGGAAAAUGCUUCUCAUCUCAUCAACAUGGGACUUACCCCCCAAGAGGUUGCCGCUGGGUAUGAGCAAGCUGCUGAGAAAGCCUUGGAAAUUUUGCCAACCUUGGUUGUAAAGGAUGCCAAAGAUUUGAAGGAUAUUGAGGAAGUAAGUAAGCUUAUCCGUUCUGCUAUCACAUCCAAGCAGUACGAUAACGAAGAGGUUAUUGCUGAUCUUGUUGCCAGAGCCUGCGUUCAAACAGUUCCAGCCAAUAGCUAUAACUUCAAUGUUGACAAUAUCAGAAUUUGCAAGAUUUUGGGAUCCGGAGUCUCCAAAUCUCAAGUCAUGAACGGUAUGGUGUUCAAGAGAGGAGCUGAAGGAGAAAUUAAGAGUGUUAAUGAUGCUAGAGUAGCUGUUUUCACUUGCCCAUUCGAUCUUACUCAAACUGAGACUAAGGGUACCGUUCUCAUUGAGAACGCUGACGAGCUUAUGAAUUUCUCUAAGGGAGAAGAGAGUGAAGUAGAAGAGCAAGUUAAGGCUUUAGCCGAUAAUGGAGUACAGGUUGUUGUUGCUGCUGGCAAGUUCGGUGAUCUCUACCUCCACUUCUUGAACAAAUACAAGAUCAUGGCAGUUAGACUCACUUCUAAAUUUGAUCUCCGUCGUUUGUGCCGUACUUUAGGUGCUCAGGCUCAAGCUAGAAUCUGCGCUCCAGCCGUAAAUCUUCUCGGUCAAUGUGAUUCAGUCGCCGUGAAGGAAAUCGGAGAUGAAAACGUCUGUGUUUUCAACAGAACUGGUGAAAAGGGAAAUGUUGCCACAAUCAUCAUUCGUGGAUCAUCACAGUCUCGUAUUGACGAUGUUGAGAGAGCUGUUGAUGACGCUAUUAAUACUUAUAAGGCACUCACCAAGGAAGGAAGACUUCUUGCCGGAGCUGGAGCUGUCGAAGUUGAACUCGCCCGUCAAAUUGAAUCAUGGGGAGAGAAAUGUGCCGGUUUAGAACAGUACUCUAUCAAGAAGUUUGCUUAUGCUCUCGAGACCCUUCCCAAAUGUAUUGCUGAGAACGCAGGAAUGAACGCUACUGACAUUCUUACCAAGCUCAAUGCCGCUCACGAAAAUGGAGAAGUUAAUGCUGGUAUCGAUAUUUGGGGACACAAAGUAAUGGAUGCUGUUAGCAAUAACAUCUUUGAUUUAUUCGCCGGAAAACACCUUGCCAUCAAGUUGGCCACCGAUGCCGCUUCCACAAUCUUGAAAGUUGACCAGAUUAUCAUGGCUAAACAAGCUACUGGUGGACCAAAACCAAGAGCACCUAAAGGUACUGACGAGAUCGAUGAUGAUGGAAUGGCCUAA